CGAGGCCACAAACCGUCUUUGAGGAGGAUGAGCAGGGCCUCUCGGGGCGGAGGAGUCACCAUCAACACCCUGCCAAAUGACAUGACACAUGUAGUGGACUCCAACAGGUACUACACGUGGCGAAGCUUCGGCCCUGAAGAGCAGCGGACCCACGACCUGUGGUUUGAUAUGAGUGACGUCCGGCACGGCCAAGUCAGGGUCCACAGCCUCCUGUCCAAUUCAUACAAACAAGCCGUGAGAGUCGCCAUGUCGUUUGACUUUCCUUUUUAUGGACAUUACCUGAGGCAGAUCGUCAUAGCAACAGGAGGAUUUAUCUUCACGGGGGACGUUACUCAUCGUAUGCUGACCAGCACACAGUACGUCGCCCCACUUAUGGCCAACUUUGACCCCGGUCACUCAAAAGAGUCUACUGUGCAGUAUCUGGACAACGGGGAAGUUUUUGUGGUCCAGUGGGAGCGGGUCAGGCUUCCAGGCAAAGAGUCGAAGGGCGCCUUCACAUUUCAGGCUGCGCUUUACAAAACAGGAAGGAUCACAUUCAGCUACCGAGACAUCCCGCUGCCUUUGGAUGAGAUCGGGUCAGAACAACCAGUGAAGGUCGGUUUGUCAGACGCCUUCGUGGUCAAGUCUUCCUCUUCUCAGUCACCAGACGCAGCUCAGCAGACGAUCCAUGAAUACCAUCGGGUCGAGAUCGACGUGACAAAGAUCACCAGUCAUUCUGCUGUAGAGCUCACACCACUGCCAACCUGCCUGCUACUCGACAGCUGUGAACUCUGCCUCUCAUCCAACCAAACCUACGGUUGCAGUUGGUGCAACGUUCUCCAGAGGUGUUCAGACGGCAUGGACCGACACAGGCAGGAAUGGUUGGAUUAUUCCUGUUCAGAGGAGAGCGAAGGUGCAACCUGUGAGGAUUACUUCAGGGACGGCGGCUUCACCGUCUUCUCUGCGGCACCAGAGACAGAAGAUUCAACAUCGACGACUUCUCUACGAAACGGCUGUGAAUGUGGUGCAGAAGACAGAGAUGACACUCAGCUUCACACAUUCAGCAGCGCGGAUGUGAAAACAGGCUCCUCGAUGAAGACCAGAAGGUUUUCGAACACAGCAGUGGUGGCUGGGAUAGCGGCAGCUCUGGUCUUACUCUUGGCUUUGGUACUCGUGGCUGUUUUCAUCCACUGCCAUCCUGCAGCUUCACCGCUUCACCUCAUCCAGAGACGCAGGAGCUACUGGCCUUCCCUGAAGUUUCAGAGGCAGCAGCCCGGGUACACAGAGGUGGACGGAGAGCGUCAUGAAAAGUCCAGCACUGCUGAAGCUGGGCGAUGCUGAAA